AUGUUUAUACUAAUAUUUACCAUAUUAUCUACAUUAACGUCGGUUUUCAUAUCGGCUCAACAGCAAGUUGAUAAUUCUCUCAGUGUAUGUAUGCGUGAUUUAGUUACGGAAGGAUUAACGGCUCAGUAUAAUUAUUUGGCAUUGUCAUCAAAAUUUUGUGGUAGUCGUGGCUAUCCUGGCUUUGGUAGUUUAUUUGCUCACUUAAGCGAUGAAGAUUAUUCGCAUGCUGAUAAAGUAGUCAAAUUUAUGGCAUUGAGAAAAAUGACGGUUGAUCGUUUGAUUAAUCAAACCGGCAUUAAAAUUCAUAGCGACAUUUAUAAUGUAAUGGAUACAAGAAACGCUUUAACACAAGCUAAAGAGAAUAAUAAACGAUCUUGGCGAGAAUUAAAUAGAUGUCAUCAGAUUGCUGUAGAUAAAAAUGAUUUUAAUGUACAAGAUUACUUGGAAACAACUUUGUUAGAACAUCAUGUUAAGGUUGAAAAACUAUUAUCCGAUAUGGAAAAUCGUAUUGAUGAAGUUGAAGAUGAUCGAAAAGAAUUAAUUACCUUUAUGAUCGAUGAAGAACUGUUGGAAACAUAUGGUGAUAGAAGAACCAAAGUAUGGUAG